AUGGGCAAGAGGUCAGCAUUCAUCAAAAUGCCAUCAACAAGAAUCAUAAACAGGCCAAUCAACAUGCUGUUCAAACUCGAGAUUCAAGAUAAGGAAAACGAAACGACUCAAAAGAACUCAACUCGGAAAGAUAGGCCAGAAUCUCAUCAAAAUCUACAUCCUAUGAUAACAAGAUCAAAAGCCUCCAACUGCUUCAAUUAUCUGCUUGCAGUUGCGCUGCUUUUCAUAACCCUCAAGUCAUCAGGAGCAAGUACCCGAUGCCCAUUGGAAAUCAACACGCCGAAAACCAUCAUAUACGCCACGAACUGCACCAGUCAAGGAGUUGCAAUCGCCAAAUACACGCACAAUGGAAAGGACAAGCUAUGUUGGUUUCCAAUUUCUUGUCCACUCGGAGCAAUUCACUUCUCUCUUCCAUUCCAACCUAACCAAAAGAUUUGCGGACCUUCAUGUAACUGCCCAUCAUGGACAAAAUCCUGCUCAUUCAGCACCAGUCCUCGCAAAAGCUUAUCCACUUUAUCGGCUCUCCCACUCGAAUUGGCAUCAUAUCUCCCUUCACACGUUUGCUCUUUCACCCCUUCCCCAAUGUGUGACAAGAAGAGAAGAAUCGACAAAUUCAAUCAAAUCCAGCUCUUUGAUGACUCCCUCCUCGUGGUACCAGAACUACACAUCAACAUCAAAGACUACAUCGAUUCAGAAGACUUUAUAUGUUUCGAUGCCAAAGGAUCACAGCGAAUGGCCAAACCGCCUUAUACUGGAACUUCACAGUUUUGCAACAAGCAUUCAUGUCAAGACAAUGCUGAAAUACUUUGCACCUUCGGAAACCCAAGUGCGCUAUACACGACUCAUGAUGGCAAAUCAACCAUCCUCGUUAAAGCGUGGGGGAUCACAACAAGGGACUUCUAUGGUCACCUCAACAUGGAACCUUCACACGGAUCCAUUUCGACCCAGUGCAAAAAAGGAGGGAUUGAAUUCCAAAUCGCUUCUUCCACGGACGCACUCGAAGCAUGUAUACAGAACUACUGCCACUUUAUAAGUAACCCAACGAACUCCAACGUGAUCUUCCCAACAAGAUUCGUAGCAUUCAACUACGAAGUUGAAGUAUCCGCAUGGAGUAAAGGAAAACUCAUUGAUCAACAACAUCUGAACUGCCGCGCCUCACCGAUUUGUGAAAUCAUGGACUGCACAAUCUGUCUCGAGAAAAUAUAUAAUCCACACUGCUGGUCCAAAACACAAAUCAUCAUGGCAACCGGGACCUUCUUCACUUGCCUGCUGCUGAUCGCUCUGAUUCAACCGUUCCUGCGUGUGAUGAUCCGCAUAAUCCGCUACGCCAUCUCACCGCUUCGAUUCGUCGUUAAAAGAAUUGGAUCAAAAUUCAUACGGAGUCAAAGGAACCUCGCAACCUACACUGGAAACCGUCGAAGACUUCUACUCACAAUUGUACUUCUUUCAUUGAAGGCAAGCAAACAAUGCUCGCAUGUUGUCACACUCAGCGCUUCUCAAGAAGAAUGCAUCACCUCAGGCAAUACGACAAACUGCAACUUCAAUCAAGCCACGAUACUCACUCUUCAGCCGCUCAGCCAAGAGACGUGUUUACUUCUCAAACACGAAGAUGGUACUUCUAUCGGCUUGCUAACUAUUAGAGUUGACGGUCUCUACUUCGCGUGCCAAAAACGAAUCGAAUUCUUCACAAGGGACCAUCAUUUCUACACCGAAUCCGCCCACAGAUGCAGAUUUGCAGGAAGUUGCAGCACAAAUACAUGCGACAACACAAGAACUAGCGACUGGUUGAACGAACUCUCUGACACAGCCAACAGACAUCCUGGAUACUCAUUCUGCGCCGCCAGCUGUGGAUGCCUGACAUGCGGUGGAUGUUUUUUCUGCUUAGCAAGCUGUCUAUUUUAUCGUUACUACGCCUAUCCGGAAUCGCCAACGCUUUAUACAGUCUUCAACUGCCCUUCAUGGGAAUUCACGGUGGAUGCACAUGUAACUCUUCAGAACAACGAACUCUCAGAAGGGACUGAUCUGCGAUUACAACCAGCAAAAACAGUGCGAUGGAAUAAUAUUCGAUUCACGCUAAUUGGGUCCAUGGUCCCACAAAUGCCUCUCUUAUCAUCAACGUUCAUCACAGACGGAGAAAUCACAGCUAUCACAAAACCUGCCACUUCAGGACAACUUCUACCCCAUACAAUAGGUCAACUUCAAUGCCACACUAUAGAAGAUGCUAAGAACUUCAACUGCACAUUCGCCAGUAAU